UCCGAGCGGCGGCGCGCUAAGUACCGCCUCGUCCACGUCGUCCGGACCCACAAGGGCGCGGACGACAAGGCCUACCGCUGCGUCUUCGAGGAAGAAGACAAGGAAGGAAAAGUUGGAAUUUCUCUUUCGAAAGAUCUCAUGGCCAUCGCAGGCGAAGCCUUGAAAUCGAACAUCACCACGAUCGGUCCCCUAGUUCUCCCCGCAUCGGAGCAGCUCCUCUUUCUACUAACCCUAAUCGGAAGAAAAAUCUUCAACCCAAAGUGGAAGCCAUACAUCCCGGACUUCAAGCAGGCUUUCGAGCAUUUCUGCAUCCACGCCGGCGGCCGAGCCGUCAUCGACGAGCUGCAGAAGAAUCUUCAGCUCUCGGCGGAGCACUGCGAGGCCUCGAGAAUGACACUCCACAGAUUCGGCAAUACGUCGUCGUCUUCGCUCUGGUACGAGAUGAGUUACAUUGAAGCCAAAGGAAGGAUGAAAAGAGGUGACCGGAUUUGGCAGAUCGCAUUCGGGAGUGGGUUUAAAUGCAACAGUGCGGUAUGGAAGUGCAACCGUACGAUCAAGACUCCGACCGAUGGGCCUUGGGCCGAUUGCAUUGACCGGUACCCGGUCCAUAUCCCGGAGAUCGUCAAGCUCUAGGCCC